AUGAACUGGCUCAAGUCAACUCUCGCUUCCGUUGCCGGAACGCAGGAGCCCAUCUAUGGGCCUGAAGCCAUUCAAUCUGUCGCCCGCCAGGCCCAAGAGACUCCUUAUACUGAGCUCAGCAAGAAUGACCUGCGCUGGCGCGCUUACCAGUACACCAAUGUCGAGAACAAGGUCUUUUACAUCAUGGCCGAUGAUGGUACCUUGGCGAUGGUUCAGCUGAUCUACAGCAACAUCGUAGGUCUCCACACCACCGCUCAGUUCACAUCGAAGAUCUUCAACCUCAAAGGCGAUGGACCCCACAACUGGCACUCGGAUCCCCUGUCCAACUUUAUGUUCGAUGAAAGCAUGCUCUCCUUUGGUGCCGACAACCUCGCUGUUCAACUCAACGAGGAUGGCGAUACUUAUACCAUCAAGUCCGCUGUGAACGAGGAUAGUCUGGUGAACCUGACAUUCAAGCGCUCUUCCCCUGGUUUCAUGAUCGGCAAGGACGGCACGUCCUACUUUGGCACGGACCCCGAGAACCCAUGGGGUUCGAUGAGCCAUGCCUUCUGGCCCCGAUGUGCCGUUGAGGGUACCAUCACGACCAAGGAGAAGACGUACGACCUCACGGGCCGGGGGAUGUUCAUCCAUGCCCUUCAGGGCAUGAAGCCUCACCACGCAGCUGCGCGGUGGAACUUUGUCAACUUCCAGACCCCUACCUACUCCGCCAUGAUGAUGGAAUACACCACCCCUCCGUCGUACGGAUCGACAACGGUCAACGUGGGCGGUAUCGUCAAGGAUGGAGAGAUCAUUUAUGCUGGUAUUAACAACAGCGCCACCCACACCGACUCAUCGCAAGAUGCUGAAAGUGACUGGCCCGAGCCCAAGUCCAUCAAGUGGGUCUGGGAUGGCAAGUCCAAGGAAGGACAAGAAGUCCAUGCGGAGCUUGACGGGGCUCUUGGCAACCGACUGGACCGGAUCGACGUGAUGGCGGAAGUGCCCGGCUUCAUCAAGACCAUUGCUGGUAGCGUUGCCGGCACGCGACCAUACAUCUUCCAGUACUGCCCCCAGGAGAAGCUCUCUCUGAAGCUCAAGGUCGGCGACUCCGAAGUCACCGAGGAGGGAACCAUGUUCUCCGAGGCCACGUUCAUCUCAUAG